AUGGACACCUUGGUCAAGAUGUGGCCGGUUUUUGUAGAUCCUAUACUGAAAGGAAAGUACAAGAUUUCAGAAUUUGUUCGGAUUUAUAAAGAGAAUAUUUAUUUGUUUACAGGGGAUGCCGUAGUUGCCGAUAGGCUCGUGGAUCUUGAGGCUGAAGAUCUCAUCGCAAUGGUUAAGACUAGAAGGGAGAUUGCCACCCAGGCAAAAGCAUACGAACUCCCUAUACAAUCGAAAUACGUUUUAUGUGCCGCAUAUUUGGCUUCUUACAACCCUCCUCGAUACGAUGUAAGAUUUUUUUCGAAAGCUAAGGAUGCAAGAGCUAAGAGAAGAGAUACAGGCAGAAGAAAGUCACUGAAAAUCAACCCCAGAUCUCUUGCAGCUCCAGCCUUCGAUUUGGAACGUAUGCUUGCCAUCUUACACUCUAUAAUUCCGACAGAUGAAGAAGAAAAAAAUGUGAGAGCUGGGUCACAUAUUGAUAUAGGAGUCCAAAUCGCAACGUUGACCACGCUUAAAUUAAUCAUCAGGACAUCUAACUCUGAUCCUCUCGACUCGAGAACUAGAUGGAAAGUCAACGCAAGCUGGACAUUAGUAAAGCGAUUGGCAGACGACAUCAACUUUCCUAUUGAGGAAUUCCUACUUGAGAGUGAAUAA